CACUUGCAUUACUGGCCUAAGUGGAUACUCACCAGCUGGCCACGUCCAUCAUUACAGCCAAGUCUGAGAAUUCCUGAUUAUACUUAGAGCCUGUGGAGCUGCUGACACAAACAGUCAUUAGCAGACGACCCUAUUGUGACAAACCAUGCUGUAAAAUGUAAACUGCGGGGGUAUUUUCCUUGUGUUGUUCUCCUGCCUGAGCCUGGAUCAACCAUGAGAGAGCUCGUCAACAUUCCACUGGUACAUAUUCUCACUCUGGUUGCCUUCAGUGGGACGGAGAAACUUCCAAAAGCUCCUGUCAUCACUACUCCUCUAGAAACGGUGGAUGCCUUGGUUGAAGAGGUGGCUACUUUCAUGUGUGCAGUGGAAUCCUACCCGCAACCUGAGAUUUCCUGGACUAGAAAUAAAAUUCUCAUCAAGCUCUUUGACACCCGGUACAGCAUUCGGGAGAAUGGGCAGCUUCUCACCAUCCUGAGUGUGGAAGACAGUGAUGAUGGCAUUUAUUGCUGCACAGCCAACAACGGUGUGGGAGGAGCAGCUGAGAGUUGUGGCGCUCUGCAAGUGAAGAUGAAACCUAAAAUAACUCGUCCUCCCAUAAACGUAAAAAUCAUAGAGGGAUUAAAAGCAGUUCUACCAUGUACUACAAUGGGCAACCCCAAGCCCUCAGUGUCGUGGAUCAAGGGAGACAAUGCUCUCAGGGAAAAUUCUCGCAUUGCAGUUCUUGAAUCUGGGAGCUUAAGGAUACACAAUGUACAAAAAGAAGAUGCAGGACAGUAUCGCUGUGUGGCAAAAAACAGCCUUGGGACAGCGUAUUCCAAACUGGUGAAGCUGGAAGUGGAGGCUCUUAAUAUGACAAAUGCCACAGAGAGAGAAGAAAGUGAACCUGACCAAGAUACUAAAGUUUUUGCCAGAAUCCUGCGGGCUCCUGAAUCCCACAAUGUCACCUUUGGUUCCUUUGUGACUUUGCGCUGUACAGCAACAGGCAUCCCUGUCCCCACGAUCACCUGGAUGGAAAAUGGAAAUGCUGUUUCUUCUGGGUCCAUUCAAGAGAGUGUGAAAGACCGAGUGAUUGACUCAAGACUGCAGCUAUUUAUCACCAAGCCAGGACUCUACACAUGCAUAGCUACCAAUAAACAUGGAGAAAAAAUCAGUACUGCAAAGGCUGCAGCCACCAUCAGCAUAGCAGAAUGGAGUAAACCACAGAAAGAUAACCAAGGCUACUGCGCCCAGUACAGAGGGGAGGUGUGUAACACAGUCCUGGCAAAGGAUGCGCUUGUGUUUUUCAACACCUCCUACGCGGACCCUGAGGAGGCCCAAGAGCUACUGGUUCACACUGCCUGGAAUGAACUGAAAGCAGUGAGCCCACUGUGCCGGCCAGCCGCUGAGGCUUUGCUGUGUAACUACAUCUUCCAAGAGUGCAACCCCGGAGUAGCACCUACUCCUACCCCCAUUUGCAGAGAGUACUGUGUGGCAGUAAAGGAGCUCUUCUGUGCAAGAGAAUGGCUGGCGAUGGAGGAAAAGACCCUCAGAGGACUCUUCAGAUCUGGGAUGCAGCUGCUCUCGGAGCCAGAAUGCGGCAAGCUUCCCAGCAUGCACUGGGACGCCAGGGCCUGUACUCGACUUCCGUAUUUAGCAUUCCCAUCAAUGACAUCCUCAAAGCCAAGUGUGGACAUUCCAAAUUUGCCUUCCUCCUCCUCUUCUUCCUUCUCUGCCUCACCUACUUACUCCAUGACUGUAAUAAUCUCCAUCAUGUCCAGCUUCGCCAUAUUUGUGCUUCUCACCAUAAGUACUCUCUAUUGCUGCCGAAGAAGAAAAGAAUGGAAGAAUAAGAAAAGAGAAUCCGCAGCAGUAACCCUUACCACACUGCCUUCCGAGCUCUUGCUAGACAGACUGCAUCCCAACCCCAUGUACCAGAGGAUGCCACUCCUUCUGAAUCCCAAAUUACUCAGCCUGGAGUAUCCAAGGAAUAACAUUGAAUAUGUGAGAGAUAUCGGAGAAGGGGCAUUUGGAAGGGUCUUUCAAGCAAGGGCCCCCGGCCUACUUCCCUAUGAACCUUUCACUAUGGUGGCAGUAAAGAUGCUCAAAGAAGAAGCCUCGGCAGAUAUGCAGGCGGACUUUCAGAGGGAGGCGGCCCUCAUGGCUGAAUUUGACAACCCUAACAUCGUGAAGCUCUUAGGUGUGUGCGCCGUGGGGAAGCCUAUGUGCCUGCUCUUUGAAUACAUGGCCUACGGCGACCUCAAUGAGUUCCUGCGGAGCAUGUCGCCUCACACCGUGUGCAGCCUGAGUCACAGCGACUUGUCCGCGAGGGCUCAGGUCUCCAGCCCUGGGCCGCCACCCCUCUCGUGCGCCGAACAGCUCUGCAUCGCCAGGCAGGUGGCAGCCGGCAUGGCUUACCUCUCAGAACGCAAGUUCGUCCACCGGGACUUGGCCACCAGGAACUGCCUGGUGGGUGAGAACAUGGUGGUGAAAAUUGCAGACUUUGGCCUCUCCAGGAACAUCUACUCGGCGGACUACUACAAAGCUAAUGAAAAUGAUGCCAUCCCGAUCCGUUGGAUGCCCCCAGAGUCCAUCUUCUAUAACCGCUACACCACCGAGUCCGACGUGUGGGCCUAUGGUGUGGUCCUAUGGGAGAUUUUCUCCUAUGGCCUGCAGCCCUACUAUGGGAUGGCCCACGAGGAGGUCAUCUACUACGUGCGGGAUGGCAACAUCCUCUCUUGCCCUGAGAACUGCCCCUUGGAGCUGUACAACCUGAUGCGUCUGUGUUGGAGCAGGCUACCUGCGGACAGGCCCAGUUUCACCAGCAUCCACCGAAUUCUGGAGCGCAUGUGUGAGAGGGCAGAGGGGGCUGUGAGGGUCUGAGGCCCAGCGUGCUGACCUAAAACGCUGCCGUCUCCUCUUAGACGCGGUAAGCCACAGGGGUCCCCCACUGAGGCCCAACAAGACCCAGAGAAGGAAGGACAAACAGUGGACAUGAGUAGCUUGAUGUUUGUUGCCCAGUGAAGACAAACAGCGGUGCAGACCGGUGUGGAAGCCAGGCCCAUUGAAAUGCGUGAUUGGAAACACAGGGAUAGGAAGUGUGUCAGGUAACAGGCGAUACGCUUCUUCCUCGUGGAAAGGUUUGUAACGCACGAGGGACGGGAAAGAGCGUCAUCCGGUUCCCUUCCUGAAGUAGCUGGCAGCAGCGUGAAACUCCGAUGUACUCAAUUUGAAGAUAAAAUAGGGUUCAGAGCCUCGUUUUUAAUAAAGUUGAUUCUUUUCCAUUGUAAAAGUGGUGUAUCUUCAUGUAUGGCAUUUAAAUCAAGUACAGAAAACUAAAGAGAAGGAGAAAAAUCUUCAUUUACUCACCACCCAAAGGUGGAUAUCCUGGGGUUUUUUGUUUGUUACUUUUUAUUUUCUUGCAUUGAAUGCAUAAUUUUAUACUUAUGUGUAUUCUACAGAGUUGUGGUUAUACUUAGUUGACAGACAGUUUCCAAGGAAUAAAAUGAUGGAUCAGCAUGGCCGUCUUCUUACUGCAAUUUUUAGUUUCCUUUUCUGACUUUCCGUUGAAAGUUUUGUUUUUCCUGUAUGCACUUGUGAUGAAUUUAAUCUGAUUAUUUUAUUUCUAUGGUUUUAUGGGGUAAAAAAAGGAAAAAUGCUUUAGAGUCUUAUCAAUUCCUUUUCCUUUGGAAGUUUUAUUGGUGCCUUUCCUUUGAUUUAAUCUUUAUUUAUUCCUCUUUUUAGGUCUUCCUUUUUUCAUUGUUUACCCAUUUUUUUUUCAUUUAUUUCACACAUACAAUAAACACUUUAGCAGAAAUAACUCUGAAAUAACAUUGCAGAUACAUACACACACAUACACACACACACACGCACAUACACCCCUUUGGCAAAAUAUUUUCAUUUCUUUUACAUGUAAUUUUGAUGCCACAUGCUUCAAAUUUGCCAUCCAUUAAUGUUGCUACCGCAGACUGCCAAAUCUCUUAAAUCAUGGCCUAUAGUAUGGGACUUUACAAGAUGCUCUUCUGUCUCUGAGUUAUUUCAAAAUUGAUGUUUUUGUGCAUUUGGGCAUUUUUUCCUUUUAGAAGCUAAUAUCAUUUGCCAUAGAAUUAAUAUAGUGCUGCUUAGCAACUUUCCACAUGAUGUAUUAACCCAUCUGAUUGUAUCUUAUUUUUUUAAUCUCUGGAACUCGUAUUCCUGGUGCUUAGGAUUUCUCAGGGGAGCCUCACAUAAUAUAUAUUUUUUGAAGUCCAACAAAAAUGAUAGUUUAUUCCUGAUAGAGCAGGAACCCAAAUUCUCCUGACAAACAGGAAGACACGACAGGAGAAUACUCUACAGCGGGUUUACUUAAGUCCCAACUAAUUAGGACUCUGAGCAAAGGAGAAAUGGUCUGCAUUCUUGAAAGCAGAGUUCCAGCUGCCUGCUGGAACACUCUCCUGGAAACCCCCUGACCUGCCUAUUGCAACAACCUGGCAUCUUUGCUGCAAAACCUGCUAGUCCUUAUCCACAGUGUCUAGGCAGCCAAGACUCAAAUGUGGAAAUUAUCCUAGACUUUGCCCUCUCCUUCAACCCCGGUAUUCCAUCAGUUUCAUUUCCUAGAACCCUCCUGCUCACAAGUCCUUCCCGUCAUCUCCACAGCUCUGUCCUUGCCCAGGGACCUUGUCCUCAAGGCCUGAGCAGAUGUCAUGCACCGCGAGGAUGCUACCAAGGAACUUGCUCACGGUUCCAAUUCAUGAACAAGGACGGAAUACAGGAGUGAGACCUAGAGUGGUGCUUUCAAGUCAUGAUUCCAACUUCUAAACGGAUGCUGUCACCCCGAAAGCCAGAGACGAACAAGGCUGCAGCACGAAUCCCAAACAGAAGGUUAAGUGGCCACCAGGCAGAAAAGCUGAGGAGGGUCGCCAGCAAGUCUCGAACUUGACUGUAGAUAUCUCGGUGUAUUUUAAAUGCUUCACAUAUGUGUAUCAUAUACACUCUGCAAAACUCAAAGUUGUCUUCAGCUUUCCCCAGCUGAUAAAGUGUUGUUGUCAAAGAAAGACCCAGAAAUCAGGCAGUAAUUGCCCUUACGUUCCUGUCUCUUCCUCAUAGCUGCAGACUCAAGGAAUCUCUGUGUGUGUUUUUAACACUGUGGUACUGAAGAUUCCAGAACAAAAGAAUCAGAGAAAUACAUGUAAAUAUAAUGACAGAGUGAACAAUAUCAUGAAAGCCAUUCAAUUUCAUUAAAUAUGUAAAGCAACUGAGAACCAAAAUAAGUAGAGCUGCUGUCCAUUCCCAUAUAGGAAUUACAAAAAUUAUAGUACCAGCAGGGCCAGCGCUGAGGCAUAGUGGGUAAAGCCACCACCUGCAGUGCCUGCAUCCCAUGUGGGCGCCGGUUCAUGUCUCGGCUGCUCCACUUCUGACCCAGCUCUCUGCUAUGGCCUGGGAAAGCAGUAGAAGAUGGUCCAAGUCCUUGGGCCUCUGCACCCGCGUGGGAGACCCAGAAGAAGCUCCUGGCUUAGGAUCAGCACAGCUCUAGUUGUUGUGGCCAACUGGGGAGUGAACCACUGGAUGGAAGACCUCUCUCUCUCUCUUUCUCUCUCUCUCUCUUUCUGUUUCUCUUUCUCUGCGUAACUCUUUCAAAUAAAUAAAUAAAUCUUAAAAAGAAUAAUAUCAGCUAGCAUCUAUUGAAAGCUUGCCAUGUAUAUUUGAGGCCUUAAAAAUAUUAACUUAAACCUCACAAUAUCCUGUAAACUAUCUUUAUGCCCAUUUUUUAGAUGAGGGAACAGACACAGAGAAACUCUGUAAUGACCUCAAGCGCACAGAGCAGUAAACCCUCAAUUAUUAGCAGGAAAAGGCCUUGUUCUUAACCAGCAUGCUGUCAUGUUUCGGUAUGUUAUAGAGGAAACCACUGAACCUCAAUGACUAAGUGGAGAUGAUUUGUAAUUUACAUAUAGUUUCAAAGAGCACACUAUACCAGUUACAUUACCAUGUUCUUAAGUCUUUUUAAUGAAUAGGAAAAAAAGAGUAUGUUUUAGCAGUGUCAGUUUAACCAAAUGUCCAAUAGGUGGCAUGUUUAUUGUCUCUUGAGUUAUAACUGCAUUUUCAAGCUAAGAUCCCCAACUCAUUUCCUUAGUGCUCAUCCUAACUUUCCACACCCCAGGAACAUGGACAUAUUAUUUGCCGGUUUUGCUUUCUUUUUAAAAUAUUUUUCCCCAGUGGAAAAUCAUUGUAUGAAUUCAAAAAGGGAGAUGAGAAAGAGACCCUUCUAGUACCACUGUUAUCACCUGCUGGGGUAGAUAUUGCUAAGAAAGCAGCAAGUCGUCCUAAGUGGUUAAAGUCAAACAUAACCAGAGUCCCAGGGUAUUUAGCACUGAAACCAAAAAAGUGCAUCAAGUAUUGUCAUGGAGCAGAAAAAGAAUUUUCUUUUCCCUGUAUAGCAUAUUAUGGACCUGACCCAUGUCAUUAAGUAUUCUAAAAAUCCAAUUUAACUUCUGAGUAGUAUCCAAUUUAUAAAUAUACUAAAAUUGUAGUCAACCUUUUAUUUUUGAACAUGGAGGGAUUUUUUUCUAAUGUCACUCACACAACACUGAAACGAUAGUCCUGUUUGCACAUACCUAUUAUGCACUGUUUAUGGAAAUCCUGAGAAAGCAACUUUCAGGGUCAAAGGGUAUCCACAAUGUCAAGCCUUCUGUUAUGUAUUGUCACAAUCUCUAGAAACAUAGUUUCCAUCUCUGCCUUAUGGAGGAGCUAUAGUAGCUGGAAGCACUAAUUAUAAUAGAUAAUUAAUUCUUUGCUUUUUAGAUACCCUUUGCCCAUUUGGUCAUAGAAAAAGAGAAUCUCAGUUUAGUUUUGUUCAGUUUUAUUUUUUAUAUUAUUAAUGGUGAUGAAUAUUCUUGAUGUUAGGUCACUUACAUUUUUUAUAUCAGUAAUUGUCUGCAACACAUUUUCCAUUGUGUUCAUGUUCUUAUUACGAUAGUUUAUAAAAAUCAUAUUAAACUUUUAUCAUACUGUACAUGAAAAAGAAACUAUGUACACAUUUUCCCUUUAAAAACCAUUUGAUUUUUCUUUCUAAAGCAAUAUUUAUUUUUUGAAGAAAAUGCCAGUUAAUGAUAAUUAACAUUAAUAUGAUAUUCUCCUAGCCUUUUUCAGAUAGGGAGGUAGACAAAUAGAUCAUAUACUUACAAUGUUUCCAGUCUUGCUUUUAUCAUAUAUAAAUAUAUAUUAUUUAUAUAUAUAAAUGUAUAUUAAACAUUUUUCAUAUCAACUGUUCAUAUGCAACAUCACUUUUGAUAGUUGAAUAUCAUUCUACUAUAUGAUUUUAUCAUCAUUUAUAUAACUAUUAUUUUACUGUAGGACAUUUGUGUAUUUCUAUUUUGUGUAAUAAAAUAUGUAUCAUCCUGCUGCUACACAUUAUAAACAUCUAUCUUAAGUGGUUUCUUUAGAUAUAACUUCUAUAAAUUAUAUUUCUGGAUCAAAGACUAUAUGCACUUUUUAAUAUAUUGAAAAACCACCUUCCUGAAUUACUUUAUCCUCAUGUGCAAUUUCUGGCCAGAUAUGGUAGUUCAUUUCUUUAAAUCUCACCAGUGUUGAGGAUUUUAGUAUUUUACUCAUUGCCAAUGAAAUAGCUUAACAUUUUUAUUUUGUAGCUUAUUUUUCCUUAAAAAGUGUAAGACUGAACAUUCUUUCAAUGUUUUCAGGACAAAUUUGUGAUUUGUCUCAUUUUUUAAUUGAGUGUACUCUUUUCUUACUACUUUGUAAAAAGCAGUUUUUAUAGUAACUACUUAAAUUUCUAAUACAUGUUUCAUCCACUUAUAUCAUGUUAAAAUGUAUACUUCCAUUUGUCUUUUAUUAAUAAGGAAAUAAUGUUGAAUUUCUAAUCUCUUCAGAUGACUGUGGGCUUUUCCCCAAUUUUUCUGUUAAUAUGUGCAAUCGUGUGAUUUGACCUCCUAGUGUUGAGCUACUCCUGUGUUGUAGGAAUAAAGUUUCUUUAGGUGUGUCAUA